UCCUCUCCUCUGCACAGCCAGCUUUGCCUUCUGAACCGCAUACAGAGAGAGAACCUACACUUCUGCAGCCAUGACGACUGUCGUUUUAAAGAUGCUGUGCGUUCUGCUCUGCGCAGUGUUCGCCUCUGCUGACGUCAUGCCCAUGACUGACUUCGACAUAGAAAAGAUGGGAGGAAAGUGGUAUCUCAUUGGCUUUGCUACAAAUUCAAAAUGGUUUGUCAGUAACAAGGCAGACAUGAAGAUGGGAACUGCCGUGAUGCGUCCUACCGAGGACGGAGACCUUGAUCUCAGUUACGCUAGUAUGAACAGUAACGUUAACGGUUCCUGUUGGAGAAUGACACACCUCGCUAAGAAAACUGAGACUCCAGGACGUUUUGUCUUCCAUAGCCAGCGUUGGGGAAAUGACAACGACAUGCGUGUUGUCGAUGCCAAAUAUGACGAGUAUGCUCUCAUUCACACCAUCAAGACCAAGGAAGGGAUUUCUGAGGUUCUUAACAAACUCUACAGUCGUUCCGCAGUACUUUCUGAUGACUUGAAGGAGAAGUUCAGGCAGUUCAGUCUGGACACCGGUAUCCUUGAGGAAAACAUUGCCAUACUGCCAUCAAUCGGAGAAUGCCCAGAUGCCGAGGUUCUCGACCAAAGCCAAACAACUUCAGCUAGUCAGACCAUUUCAACUGAAAAACCCUUGUGAAUUUGCUGGCCUUCUAUCUGCUUGGUUUUCAUCUCUUUCAUUUUGAAUGCAAACAUCAGUCUCUCUUUUUGCCUUAAACACACUUCUUGUGCUCAGGAUGAAAACCAAUUUGCAACUAGUUUAUCCAAAUAAUCUCUCGAAGCAGGGGGACAGAAUGGCAAAGCAUUACCUUAUCCAAAUUAUGCAAUUUAAUAAACUGAGCUCAGUUCUUGAUGUUUUUUCCUCCUGUAAAUGUGUCAAACAUGUUUCAUAACUGAUAUGGCAAACCUGUAAACAAAUGUUUAUGAACAGUGCCUGAACAAAUGUUUACAAAUGUUGGUGCGAUUCAUUCAAAUUCUCCAAUUGCGUUUCAUAUAAUGAAAAAUAAAAACAUUUUGGACACAAAAUACUGUUUAUUACUUCUGUAUUUACAAAUAUUUCAUAUACAUAUAACAUAUAUAUAUUUUUUAGAAUCUCUUUAUUCCAAAUUAUAAAUGUUCAGUAUCUGUGUAAAAAAUAAAAUUUGCCCUAAACAUCUGAAUAAUUAUAAUCUGAAGGUGAGUUUGACAACAGAGCAAAAGCCAAACAGCCAUAUUCAAGAAAUACACAAAACUAGCGUCUAAAUUAAAACGAAUUUAGAUAACCAGGCAUUUGGCCUGAUUUCAUGUUUGCACACCCUGGUUAAACCUGAAGAUCUCUUGUGAUUUGAGUACUAUUUGCAAUAUCAAUUAUUGGAAAUAUUACCAAGAAACCCUUUAUCUUACAUUCUAAAUUCAUUGUCUUAAAUAACAGCUGUUAUUAGUAAAUUAAUGCGACAGUGUUGAAACUAAAAGAUGGGAUUCCCAAAAGCACA